AUGUAAGAUCAUCUCCAAUAAUCAAAGACCAUGUUCCUCAUGCAUCAAAUUAAGAGUUAUAAGUUGCAGCCCUAAAUUUCAAAUAAUAUUUUCGAAAAACAUAAUCCUUAAUAUGGACCAAAAUAUGAUAACAACAAUAAAAUUAUUGCUCGAAGUGUUGUUGGAAAACCGGAUAUCAUUGAAAGAAUUAAAAAGAAAAUCGAAGAAUCCAAACUAUCUAAUUCUCCAAAAAUGAGAAACUCAGUUGUUUUUUAAAAAAUGAAACAAUCCUAUUCGAAUCUCUCCAACAUGAAGAAAUCUUAAUCAUCCAAUAAAAUUCCUCUUUUUCAAGAUUCCAUUCAUUCUAAUAUCCUAUCUCGACAGGUCUCACAUAACAAGUCCACCUUAACAGCAUUAAUCAAUCAUCAUGCAAAUGUGAACAUUGAAUAAUAUUUAUAAGAAACAAAAAGCAGAAUUCAAAAAAAUGAGAUGGAAGAACUAAGACUUGAGAAGUAAUUAAAUCUAUUUGAAAGAAAUGCAACUACUCGAUAAUAAAGAGUGAUAACUUCAUUUUAGGAGCGAGAAUAAACUUGGGAAUCAGUCAACAUGACUAUCCAAAGCAAAUGUCAAACAAGAAGCAGAGAAAAACUCACAUUGUUGCAGAAGAGCUAAGCUUAUCGAUUGAAGAAGGAAAUUCUUAACGAAUUGCCAUCUCCCCCAUAAAAUUGGUACCAAUAGCUGAGAGGAUAGAGCAAUGCAGUGGAGAAGGAGGAUGACUGGAAUCUCAGGUCGCAGAGAAUAAAUUUGAAUUCGAAAACAUUGUUAAUCAAGCAGGCCGAUCUUGAGAGCAGUUUGAGGGUUAGAGGGGAGAACAAAUUGAGAAGGGAGUUUGAAAAUCACAGGUGCCCCAUGAUUACGAUGGUUGGACAGGAGAAAACAGAGGAGAGUGAGAUCCUUUCAAAACUGAAAUAUUGA